AUGAAAGUGUUUAAUAUCAAACGGCAUUAUGAGUCACACAAGUCAUUUGCCGAAAAAUUUCCGUUGGGUGCUGGGCUUCGUAAAACAAAAAUUGAAAAUCUAAAAAUGAAAUAUAAAUCGGCAACUCAAAUUUUGAGCCAUGCAAUGACUGAACAACAGAAAUGUGCACAGGCAUCUUUACAAAUUUCGUGGAUACUCGGUAAACAUAUGAAGCCAUUUACAGAUGCUGAUAUUGUUAAAGAAUAUAUGCUUCAAUCUGUAAAUAUACUGUUUGAAAAUAAAAAGGAAAUUUUCGAAACUUUUCGUCAUAUCCCAAUAUCAGCAUCCACUAACACGAGAAAUACUGAAGUACUGGCCAAAGAUAAUCACAAUCAUUUGAAACAAGAUCUAUCUACUGCUGAUUUUUAUUCUAUAGCCUUGGAUGAAUCUUGA